AAAAUGUUAAAUGGGAAUAUAUUAUCAAUGUUUCAAUAGAAACAUUGUUCAAUUAUCACUUAUCUGAUACGCUUAUCUAGUUUGAACAAUGAAGAAAACAGCUAAGGAUUGCACUUUCAGUGCAGUUAAGAGAAUGUUCGACAGACGUCGAGUGACGUCGUGUGGUCGUGACUGGUCGUGACUUGUUCGUCGCUCCCAUCGCUUCUUCGUGGGGUGAUGCACCUUCGCGGUAACGACGACGCAAAAUCGGCUUCGGCCGAUCAAUUCCACGAAGAGAAUCUUGCAGAAUCGAGACGGAGUAAACGACAUUUCGUCACCUCUGCAUUUCGUCUGACUGUGCAGUUGUUCAUGUGCGCAUUCUAUAUGGCUUUGUGACACGACUUUGUGCCGCUGCGAAAAUGGUUCAUCAGCUAAACGUUUAUUUGCUAAUCCUGCUGCCGAGCAUGGUUGCGCACUUGUGCUGGUGCGUGCGUUACAACAAUUACGAAGAGUAUUCGCUUGAGAACCAUCAUAUCUGCAACCCGUUAAACAAAGCCCAUACGCACGAAAUACGUAAUGCCACCGCGGCGAUUGUUAAGUCCAAGCGCUUCUUCGAACACUGGAGCAAUAAUUAUAAUCGCCAAUGUAAAUUUACCUUCAAAACUGCCAAAGGAGAGGGCCUCUUUGUUGUUAUUCAGAAGAUGUUUUUCCGUAGAAACGACACUACAGACAGUUGUUUGGAUUAUGUACAGUUUAAAAGGAGUGAUGGUCAUCAAACAAACAAGUUCUGUGGGUCAAUAGAUCGCAGCUUGCCAUACUUUGCUGAAGGAUUUUUCAGACAUGAUAACACUUACAGCGAGUUUGAGCCAAUUAACGACUUUACAAAAACAGGGAAACUAGAAACUGAAAUAUUUAUCUCGAAAGAGAGUGUACUAAGUGGACAGACUUUGGAUCUGAAAAUAAUUUAUACUCCAUACAGAAAAUGCAGCAAUAUUGCGGAUAAGUUGCACUUCAAGGAGUUCGAUUUUGAUAGCUGCAUCCGGAGGGAGUAUAUCUGUGACGGGAUUCAGAACUGUCAUUUCGCCGUGUGCUCAGACGAAGCAAAUUGCCCACCAAACACAGACGUGCUAUCCCGGGAAGACAAUACGACCGAGGUCACCGUUGGAGCGGUCACCACCGUUAUUCUGUGCUUCAUCAUCUUUGUCAUGUGCUUGUGGAUUUGCAAGCGCUCGCAGAAGUUGUGCUGGUCGUCGGAUUGCGCCGGACCGAACGUGUGUUCGCGGCCAGGCUCGUUGCCGCCUGACGCGGACGGUCCAGCUAGUCGCGCGGUGCCUACCGCUCCCAUGCUGGAAGUUGUGGUCUCCUCCCCUGUCGCGGACAAGGACUUGCCGCCCAGUUACGACUCGUUGUUCCCUGAACAAAGUAAUCCUGCCAGAUCGUAAGUUAUUGAAUCCAAUCGUGUUUAGACGUGUUUCAACUUAUCAACACGUCGUCUAAUGUUUUAAUUAGACGCCGCGUUGUACACGUGCGGUCAAUGACGUGACUGGAUGAGCGUAUAGUUCGGGAUGCAUGUCGUAUGCGACCGCAUCAUCUUCUUCUCACGACGAGUAGGUUCCUGUAGCCUUCUGAACUAGAACUAAGGAGUCUGUUGCGAAGGGUCUUGAUGAAUUGAUAAAUAUUCGUUAUGUCGAUCUCGAUUGCACUCGAUUUGAUCGAUGCAAUCCUUUUAAUCCUCGCAGUCGAAAUGCAGCCCUCUCGUGUAUCUGGUUACACCAUUGUAUACUUGGUUUCAAUACAUUUGGAAUACUUUUUCAAUGCAGUUCAGAACAGGAACAGAACAGGAUUAUUUUUCACGAAAAAUAAGUUCUUUGGCUAAGUUUAUUGGAUUGCGUUUCAAACUGAAUCGAAAAAAUAGUGUUUAAAUUGUAUUGUUUAAAUCAAGUACACGCAUUACUAUUAGGAAUGUGCCGGAUAUCGGAUACUGGAUAUCCGAUAAUAACGUGAUACCGGAUAUCCGAUACUAAUUUCCAAAGAAAUUUCUAUAUUAACAUUUACAUAAAUAGUACAUUACAUAACGUUUGCUUAUAUUUGCCAUAUAUUUUAAUAAUUGGUCAUUAAAAUCGACUAUAAGAUGUUUUUGCAGAAUAUUUACAUCACGUAGCUUACAACGAGACUGUUCUAAUUGCACACUACCAACCAGUGCUCUGCUUUAUCUAGUGAAUUACUAAAUCCAAGUAGAUAUAACCAAUCAUUACACUCCGUGUCUAAUCGGAUUGUGUGCAACUGGGCUUCACCCUUUACAACAGAGUUUUUGUUUCUUUUCUUAUGGCUCUUGCAGACCAGUACGAUGUGUGAUGCAACACAUCAGAGUAUCCAAUCAGAGUACUAGUAUUCCGGCAAAUUGUACGCUCAUUAGAUAUCGCGCGUUGCAUAUCGUGUAUUGUGUUCUGAGAGAGCGGGUUACUCUGACGGCACUGUCAAGCAUUGUUGAAAAUAAAUCUUCAGAAAGAUUGUAUAUUACAGAGUUGACUUAAUAAAAGAUAAUUUGUUUGUUCUUAGAGAACUUUGGAUUUCGAAUCCUGCAUUAAUGGCGCAAACUUUCAAACUUAUACUAAUAAAUUAAUAUCCGGUUAUCCGGCCGGAUACUAAUGAAAUCCGGCUAUCCGGUCGAAUUGUAAAAAGAUGGCCGGAUAGGCCAGAUACCGAAUAGUUGCCGAAUAUCCGGCACAUCCCUAAUUACUAUCAUUAAUUAAAUAUAAUGUAUUCGUUGUUUUUUUUGUACAUUACUGAGAUUACAAGGAGUGAAGUUAAUUGUGCAGCUUACAAUUUAGAUAUACAACUUAUAGCUGUUCUUCUUUUCUUUCGUAUAGCUUUUAAGUCUGUCGUAUUAUUUUUUUAAAUUCUUAAAUCAUACCGCGUUUUAUAAUAUCUUAUAAUAAAUGUGUUGAAAGAGAAAUAAUGUCGAUAAUAUAAGGACAUUGAUAAGUUUUAUACAGAAAAAAUGAAGAAGCAAAGGCGUAGAAGUAACUUUUUGAUAUUCAACGAAAUAACUUUUUGUAUCUUCGUAACGAUGCAGUAUUUCAAUCUCCUUAACUAUAUAGAUUUUUUUUAAAUAUUUUGUAGUUAAAGGUGUAUCUUAACGGUAGUUAUUUGCAUUUAUAUUACCGUACGUUGCCAUAAUAUUUGCAAAAUCGAUAUUAUUAUAUUAGGUACGAUUGUCCCAGAAACAAUAGAAUUUACAAUAAAUUUGACGAGAUCCUUCAAUGUAUCUCACAAAUGUUUAUCCAUAUAUAUGUGGAAGUGGUCUAUAACUCGCUUGUAUUACAGUAUACUUUUAACGAAUUCGACUGGAUGCACUAGUGUACACUGAGUGCGCAUUAAGACUCGUUCACAGUUUGUUCUUAUACUUAAAAAUUGUCUUAAAUACAUCUCUAAAUAUUUCUUAACCAGUGAAAUACAGUAUCUAUACAGUAUCUAUACAGUAUCUAUACAGUAUCUAUACAGUAUCUAUACUGAAUCUAUACAGUAUCCGUAUAGAUGGUUUUGUUGACUAAAAGUUUUUGAAAAUAUAAGAAAAUAUAAUUAAGACGACCGUAAAUAUAAGAACGGACUAUGAACAAGCUUUAGUGCGCACUCAGUGCAUCCAAUCGAAUUCGCCAUUUAAUAAAUGACAUGGCAUGCGUGACAUAUGUUUAUAAUAACUUAUAUAUACACACAUAUAAAGUAUACAAAUUUUAUAUAACAAUAUACAAAUGUCACAGAUAUGUAUGUAUAUAUUUUGGAGAACGAAUACUGUUCUUUAUGAAAAGUAUAUGUAAUAAUCUUGCAUUAAUAUAUAUUCUGAAAAUUUGUGAUAAUAAAGAUCUAUAUAUACACAAAUAAAUAUGUUCGAAAUCAA